GGGCAGAGCGGCGCCGCGGGGAUGGAGCUGGCUCCGCUCAUCAGGAAACUCGGUCAUCAACUUGUGGAGAUAAGAGAACGAGCGCUCAGAAAUAUAGUGUGUAAAUUAGAUCAUAAUUUGAUUUCAUAUGCUGACCUCGUCCAAGAAAAGUUGCUUUUUAUCUAUCUGCUGGAAUGGUUCAAUUUUCCUAUCGUACCAAUGAAAGAGGAGUUACUAAAUUUGGUGAACAACUUGGUGAAGCAUCCAUCUGCUGCCCAGCUGUUGGUUGGGAUCGGUGCAGUGGAAUUCUUUUCUCAACUUCGUCAUAAUGUGGAUCCAAAUCUGCAGACUGUAAUAGAUGGGAUUCUAGAUGGGCUCUUCCUGCUUCCUUCAGAAAUUCCUACCAAUUAUCCAGCAGUGUCUUACCAAGGUCAGCCCUUAUCAGAAGACAAAACAGUUUUACCCCAAGAAGAAAUAAUUACUGGAUAUUUUCAUCAAAGCAGAAGUAAUUUGCAGCAGAUGGAAAUCCCUCCAAAAAGAUCAGUUGUAAAUCAGGCAGUGAAGUGUUUGAAGUUUUCUACAUUUCCUUGGUUAAUGCUGACCACAACGGACAGACAUGUGCUUUCUUCAAAUGAAAGCUCUUUGAGAAGUAAAAACCACAGUUUAAUUUGGAGCACAUGUGAACUUCUACAGGAUGUUAUUAUGCAAGAUUUCCCUGCUGAGAUUUUCCUUCAGAGACCCAAGAUUGUUCAGAGUCUUUUGUCUCUACUAAAGCUGGCUUUUGGAAAAGAUGGAAAACACCGCUUAGCCUUACGAGCUGUGUCAUGCCUGCAACAGUUAUGUAUCUUCCUAAGAAAAAGGCUUAAUUUUUUCAGAGAUCCAGGCUUUUUCUCCAUUGAACAAGGUAUAGCUUCUCAGAAUUCUUCUAUGUCUUAUGGCCAAGAAGCAAGAGGACCUCCCCACUCCCAGAAUCCAUCAUCUGGAAGUAGUAGCCCUCGACCAUCUGUGAUUGGACGUACAGGUCAGCGUGCCAGAGGUGAUGGUCAAGAUUGGGAUGCAGUAUCUUCCAGUGGAAGCAGUACUCAUGCUAGCGCAAACUCCAGGAUAUAUCUGCAGUCACCGCUGGAUAUAGGGCACAUAGACCUGCCAGAUCUGGAAAAUGAGAAUACUUUAGAAUUACAGUUCCAACAGCUCAGCCUUCCUCAGUUCUGUGUGGCUAUCCUGGAAUAUGCUGUACCUCUUCUAAGAACAGGCAGUAGAAGAGUGAUAUGGGAAGUUCUCGAAUUACUUGCUGAAGAUGUGCUUCUUAUUGGUGAUGCAGUAUCUGAAGAUGUUUGGGAGGACCACAGCCUCUUUGGGUUAGAGUUGAAAGAUAAGCUGCUGAUCAUCCUGGAUUCACUUGGAGAAACCAUAUCCUACCACAAAAGUAAUGUCAGCUCAGAGCAGUCUGAGCUGAUAUUAGUGUACCACAGAAUGGCAUUUGUUAGCAUUUCACUUUUCACCGUCCGACUGUUGCAAACACUUCUACCUGUAGAAAAGGCUAGCAAAGUGUUACCAGAGAGCUUGGUGACUGCUUUAUUUCUUCUAUCCUUGGACAUGCCUUUUUCCUUGGAAUAUCCCAGCAUUCAUGAGUCUGUCGCAGCCUAUUUGGAGCAGAUGAAUUCUGAGAGCUACAGUAUUUAUAAACAAGCUUCCGAAGCUGUUUAUUCAAUUGACUGCACCUGUAACUUUAUGAUGGAUGUCCAUAAGGAGGGAGAAAAAAAAAUAUUUGAAUUAGUGGAAUUGGCAGAUAAAGCACUAAAGAGUCUUCCUUAUCAUCAACACUUUCCCUUGCUUCAGGAGAUCAUCCACAUUUGCUUGAAUAUCUGGAAGUCUGCCCAGGCUAGUUCAUUGCUGCAGGAGGAGAGUCAGAAGGUGCUUCUCCGUCUGUUGUCCCAUCCUCUGCUGAUCAUAAAAAAUGAAGCUUACCAUUGCUGUCUGGAAAUUGUUAAGGAAAGUUUAGGUAUUCAUAAUGUCACAAAACCCGGGCCUUCGAUUUGUCAUGGAGUUCAUUUUCUUCUUCAUCCAAAAGUUUUAUAUGAAAUUUCUACAUUUGGGCUCCAGGAGUCUAAAAAUGAGGUAAACUCUGCUGCCAAGGCCAUUCUGAUGUAUCUCCUGCAGGGACAAUUGAUGAUGACAGCACUGACGUGGAACAAGUUUAUUGAGGCCCUCUAUCCUAUCAUUCCAAUUUUACAGGGGUAUGCAGACACAGAAGAGACACUGGGUAAUUGCAUCCUCAGACUAAGUGAAACAGCUUCUGACAACGGAGAAGGGAUUCUUCCUAGAACUACUAGAUUAAGGGCUGCUCUACGACUUCUCUUCUCAAAAAAGCAGUCAGUCCGUUCUGUGGCACUGAAACAUCUAACAUUCCAUCUCAUGAAUGAGGAAGGAGCCAGCCUGAAGCGCCCUGUUCUGCAUGGUAGCAUUUUCUCCAGUAUUCCCAACUUAUUUAUUGUGGAAAGACCUAUUGAGUUGAAGUUGAAUGAUACAAGAGAGUCAGUUUUUAAGGACGAGACUGUGGAAAAACUAUAUGGUAUUCUUACUUCUGACACCAUUGACCUAGUUUUGCGAAAGUCUGCAGCAGAGCAGCUAGCUAUAAUUAUGCAAGAUACUAAAAUGCAUGAUGUUGUGAAAAAAUUGGGAGUGAUAGAUAAGUUAUUUGUUUACUUUUCUGAGUGUGUAUACCGUGAUGGCAAGAUCAUGGAAUGUAUUAUGUUGCCGUGUCUUACACUUCUACGAAAACUAGUAUCUGCUGAUCCAGUUAUACGCCUGUCAUUAGCACAGCAGCCUUCUAUCCUGCUCACAUUACUGAGAGUUUCCUUAAUAUUUCAAGAUGACUGUGCUGUUCUGACUGAAUGUGCAGCAUUGUGUUGUCUUCUGUUGUUUGAUGAAGUAGCAAGAAAAGACGUCUGGGCUGAUGCUGUAUCCAGUAAUUGUUCUAACCUACCUGCCUUCAGCUUGCCUGUAGCUAUUGUUAGACGGUAUCAUCUCCCGGUCAAAGUCACUACUCAUCAUGCAGUUAGUCCUAACUCUGUUGUUUUGCUGUUACCUUCUGACUGCUUGACCUUGAAGCCUGUAUCAGAUAUGCUUAAGAUGGCCUGGAAUCUGUCAUGGUACCAUGGGAUUGAUAACCUAUUGCGACUGGUGAACUAUGAAACAGAAGCACAAGCAUUUUUAGACACAUUAAAGCUAUCCUCAGAGGACAUUCUUACAUUGAAGAUAACUCACACAACCAGCGGACUGCAGGAUUGUCUCAAUUCAGUAAUUCAAGCUGUGUCCCACAGGGAAGUUAGAGCUGCUGUGACUCGGAUGAGUUUUUAUAUUCUAAAUGACAGACUGGCUUUAAAAUUUAGCACUGGCUCUUGCAGGACCACUUUGAAGGGCAUGGCUUGGCAAUCUGCUUUCAACAGGUUUCUACAAGUACUUCCAGCUUCUACAGAUGAUGAGAAACUUCUGGCUGAUGUCUUAAGUUUUCUAAACCAGUUGCUUAGGGAACAGAGGAAGAGUUCAGAGGCAGAAAAUCUAAUAUGGAUUCUGGAGGUACUGUUUAAAAAUAAUUCAGGUUCACUGCUAGACCUUCUGGUGCGAGCUGAAUCCAAGAUGCAAGAUGAAAUAGAUGACAUACAGACUGCUGUCAGACAACAACUGCAGAAAGAACUGAUUAGUAUCUUUAACAUGAUGCUACUCUGCUUCACAUCAGUUACUGACAGAAAGGGCUUGGAACAGACUGACAAUUUCCGAACACAACUGGCUUUGAAACUACUAGAGUGUUUACAGGUAACAGAUGCACCGCACUUUUAUGGAUUGCCUGCUUUGGAGAGGACAUUACGAGGAAUGGUUCAUGUCACUGCACACCCGGGCUGGAGUUCACACUCUGCCACAACUGAGUCUUUCACAAUAUGUAUGAAAUAUUUGACAGGUCUUCUUGAGGUUAUCUCAUCUUUUUAUGUUGAAUGGGGAGGAAAUGCUAUGUCCUUCAUGGGGAAAGGUGUCACAAAGAGCACAGUACUUUGCUUGCUUCACUUGUCUCACGAAAUGAUGGCUCAAGCCAAAACUAUGGACUGGGUGUCUCUCUGGCUCUUGCCUUACAAUAAAAGUGAAGAACAAGAACAAGUUCCUUCUCAACUCGGUCUAGCAUGGCUAAUUCCAUUGUGGGUAGAUAGAGAUCCUGAGGUAAGGUUUACCUCCCUUGGAAUUGGAUCAGCUCUUACAUCUCUUGAAUUAGGAUGCUUUGCUUUAUCAGACAGCUGUCAGAACAUUUCAGGAGGGUUAUGGGGAACAGUGAUAAACAUCCUUCUGGACCAAUCUGAAUGUAGCAUGGUACGCAGAGAGGCUGCUUUUAUUCUUCAGAACCUUCUUGUAAUCCCAAUGCCAACAGAAGAAGUGAAAGAUUGUGCUUGGCAGGGGCCUUGUGUGCAUGAUGAAGAGUCUGGUCUGUCUCAGAUAGGAAAACCUGCCCUUCAGGCUCUAUUAUAUCAUUGCCACUUUUAUGAACAUUUGAAUCAGAUGGUGAAGCAUUGUUACCUAGGUCGAUACACAUUUGAUUUGAAUUGUUCCAUGGGAGAAAGCCUUAUGGUAGAAAAAAACGGCAUAAAUGAUUUUGAUGAUUCUGUUAAUCUUUGGAGAGUUCCAUCCAGUCAAAGUCAAUCUCCACAUUCACAGUCAACAUCUGAUACUAUGAUCAUUUCUGCAUCACCAUCAAUGGGAAGUGCGGAUGAGAUGCAGGCAGCUGUCCCACUAGCAUCAGCUUGCUUUGUCCCUGAAACAUCAGUUGACCGGCUUAUGGCUCAAGGUCAGAGUAAUACAACGACCACAGCAUCUUCAAGUCCACACAAUUCUCCCCAGUCUGUUAUUCUGACUAAUAAGUGUGCUCUAGUCACACCUCCACUGUUGUCAGCUGUGUGCAGCCUACUGAACAACCUGCUGGCGGUUGUUCCAAAGGACACUGGAAUUGCUCUUCAACAAGCACACUUACUAACAGCUCUCAGUAGUCUUGUAAAUGCUAGGCUGGUUGAAAGAUGUAUCUUGGAAUUGAAAACUCCUCUGCCUCAUCCAUCUCACUUGGAACAUACAAAAAUUCAGGUUUUAUUCCUACUUCAGUACUCCUCUUCAGUGUCCAGGCUUCUACAGUCAUGCUUAUUGGUAGACAUUCACCUUGUGAUCCAGGAUGAGCUCAUGAAACCUCUUUUGGGGAAUAUAUUAACAAUCCUCUCCAUUCGUUCUAUGGAUGGCUUGGAUACUGAGUUAACAUCUGCAGUUCACCAAACACGAACAGACUUGUUUAGCCUUCUGGCUACGCUGUUAAGGAAAAGUGGCCAAAUAAUUCUUCCAUCUGUGACAGCAGCUCUUGAAAAACAUUGGACUACAAUAAUUGAUACAAUCUGUGACUGUGUGCAUCUGUCCAUCGAAUGCCCCAGCUUAUAUGUGGCCAGCUUGCAAUUCCUCUCCAUUCUCUUGGCUGAAGAGGGGAAAAGACAGCUCCAAGAUACACAAAAUAUUUGCCCCAAUCCAACAAUUACUUUUCUUCUAGAUGAAGCUGAAGAAAAUCUGGCAUCAGUAGUCAAACUUACUGAAUUAAUAAUUCAGAAUUAUGAAGGAAAAUCCUCUAACAAUGCACUGAAACGAGUUGUUUCAGGUGCCUUACUGUCUCUGUUGGCUGUCAGUAAAAGUGCUCAGAAAUGUGCUUUGGAAGCUGACCUUAUAGACAGCUGCAUGGAACAGAUGAAGCACAUUCAUGCACAACUGAACCUAGAAUCCCUGAGGCCUGGAAAAACAGUACAGAAAAAAAAGGGGGAUAAUCUUAUCAGGGAACUAAGGGUUGUUCUUCAGCUCCUAAGAAACUGCCUCUUUCAAAAUGAAAAGUGCAAAAUGGCUGCACUUAAGGCUCAUCUUGUCCCUGUCCUCCACUCUCUGUGGCCAUGGUUUUUAAUGGAUGACUCCUUAAUGCAAAUAGCUCUUCAUUUGCUUUGUGUCUACACUGCAAACUAUCCCACAGGCUGUGGUUCACUUUGCUGGGUGAGCAGUGGACUGUCUCCAUUUCAGACUGCACAGAGAAGCACGGCCAGCAACUCACUAAUACACAGCAUUAUCAAGUUAGCUUCCCACACACUGACAGAGAGCAGCGCAAUUCAGCAUAUGGUCUUUACUCUUCUUUCCAAUCUUGCUAUUUGUCAUGACUGUAAGGGAGUUAUUCAAAAGAGUAACUUCUUACAGAACUUUUUGUCUCUUUCAUUGCCGAAAGGAGGAAAUAAAAGCCUUAGUAUACUGGCUAGCCUUUGGCUAAAGCUGCUAUUGAAUAUUUCCUUUGGAGAAGAUGGACAGCAGAUGAUCAUGAAGUUAAAUGGUGGUUUAGACCAGCUCGUGGAGAUGAGCAAAUACAAACACAAGAGUAGUCACCAUAUAGCCCUUCUUAUUCUGCACAACAUCUGCUUUAAUUCAACAAACAAGCCCAAGAUACUUGCUAAUGAUAAAGCUAUUGCAGUGCUGUCUGCCUGUUUAGAAAGUGACAACCUUACUGCUCAAAGAAUAGGAGCAUCUGCACUUUGGUCUUUGCUUCACAAUUAUCAGAAGGCAAAAGUGACUCUGAAGAAUCCAUCAAUAAAGAGAAGAGUAGAUGAGACUUACUCUUUAGUGAAGAACAGUAAGUUAUUGGUGAAUGUAAUUUCCAUUUCAAAGAAGCAACAGUCAAGUCUGUAAUUUUUCUGUAAAAAAAGAUCAUUAAUAUACUGUAUUGCUCUGCAGCACAUGAAAAAGGAAACAUUUUGUUGUGUUGUGAUUUUCUAAAAUUUUAUGUUCUGCUUGAUUGAUCCUUUUAAAUCCACAUGUGCUUUGCUGUUCCGCAUCUUCCCCCAUCCCCCCCCAAAAAAACCCACCUUCUGGUGACAAAUUGUAAAUAAGAUUUGUGAGGAGGUAAUUGCUAAGGAUUAGUCUGAGAUAUACAUUUGAUUGUACUGGCAGCAAAAUAAUGUUGAUGACUCAGACUCUCUAAAGUCUAAAACCUUGUAUUUUGGUGAUAAGAAGCACUGCCCAGUUAGAACUGACCCUACUUAACUUUGCUGAAUUCAGCUGCACUAGGGAGACCAGAAUACUAUGCCAUAAUUUACAUUUAUGCUGUAAAUUGGCUGGUUUUCACGUUGAC